AUGGAAGACUCUACCCGUAUCGCUCAGAGACAUGCGGCUGCUCUAAAACUCCUUGAGGAUUUGACAUCGUCGCUCAAUGACGUGGAGCCACUAGGAGAUAUCUCGCGCGCUCAGGCGGAUUACGAUGCUGCAGAAGAACGACACAGCCGUGAACAGAAUCCAGAGAAGAAAAGGGCUUUAUGCAGAGAACUGGUCCGAUACGGAGAUCGCCUUGAGGAGAUACAAAAGCAACACAAGGAAGCCGACGCAAAGCGUAAGGAACAGCUGGACCUCUUCAACUCUAGGUUGUCUAAAGAAGGCUAUCUGAAGCUAGCUACUCGUGUAUCCUCUAAUACCGGCACUGGUACCAAUCGCGACCACGAUGGCGAUCAAACAACCCACCGAACCUCUACCUCUGGAACGCCGGAGAAUCCUGUCGCAAAUCCAGAUCUCGACAGUAGCCAACUUUCAGGGCCUUCCAACGACCGAUCAACCCAUGAAACGACCAGAUCGCCGGGCAGCCUGACCCAAACCCCCACUAUUUGGAACACGAUCGAGGCCAGAUCGACACCCUCGCGUAUUCACAGCGCAACACCUUCAAGGUGGUUAUAUACAGACCUCGGCCAGCAAGGGGUUACUGAGCCGGCCGGUCAAACCGCGCGGCCAAAUAAGAGAAGUGACAAUGCUGUAUCUCGCCCUACGAAGCGCCAGCGACAAAGUGCCUCCAGUGACACAGUCACAGAAAGGACAAUUACUUUUGAAGAGGUAUAUCAAGGUGGUAAAGCUCGGUGGAAAUACAGAAUUGUUAAGAUCCAUGAGCUUUACUAUAUUUUUGGAUGCAAGAGGCACGAUAAGCAUUUCUGCAAAGAGAACCCCCUUCAGGCUGCCAUGAGCCAUCUCAAAGGCAAAGGACACUCUUCUAAGAAGUCCAAUGCCACUCAGGCCCUUAAAUCGCUCGGUAUCCAGGUCUUGGGCUGCACUGACCCAGAUCUUGAGCUGAAUAACAAGGCUGUAGAUUGUUACUUAGCAGAGCAGGAAAGGAAAAAGGAGCGUCGCGAUGCUUCUACCAAUGACUUGCUACAGCCCCCCCAGGCCGGCAGGAUAUACAUGGCUUGGUGGUGCGACGACGACAAGGACUAUUGCUUGCACGCCUUCUUAGUUAUACCGUUCUUCCCGCAGAUUGGCGAUGGUAUGGACAUACAAUCUGUUUUGCAUUCAGACCUGGAGGUCGAUGUUCCUGCCUGCUACAAACUGAACGAGACUACUCAUUGGUAUGAGUGGGCUGAGGGAUAUAAUAAACAUGAAAAACACGUCAACAAUAGGGAAUACCCAAUUAUGUGCCUUUCUGGGGAAAUCCCGCACAAGGUCGAUUGGCUCCCAGUCUGUCAUUUUCGAAAGCUCAAUCUUGAAGACGAGGAUCUCGAGGACAAGGACGUUAUCAAGGCGUUUAUCCGCAGUAAAGGGAUAGGCAAGUUCUUCUCAAUGACCCUCUUCUGCUUUUCUAGUUUACUAACCAAACCGAAUACAGGGCAAGGAAACGAGGUCGAGAGUGAUCAAAUCAAAAGUCUAUACGGAGACCGCGAUGUCCUAUUCCCCAGACCGGCUAGGAAGUCAUGUGGCGCUCCUUAUGAGACAUUCAAGAGAAAUCAACGUUAUGUCACAGCAAAGAAACGGGGUAGGAGACGGAUUGGGCCAAAUCUUCCGACGCGAGAGGUAAAGCCUGAACCCGCGCCUAUGGGAGGCGGAGAUGAGGCUACGAGACAGGAACGCCAGCCGUCUGUUCGGCAAAGAUGGCCAUUGGCACGAAAGAAUGCUCCCUACAUGGAAACUUUAGAGGACAGUGAUAGCGAGUGA